AUGAAUAUGGCGCACAACCCAGCAGUUCUCAGCUCAGGUGAGCAGGAAACCAUCCGGGCUUGCGGCUCUGAGGCCCACGUGGAAGACGAUCACUUUCAGGAGCCCCGCGCCGAUGGCCUGGCCUUCGCCCUCGAGCCCGCCGGGGGCGCGGUCAACUUCUUGGCCAUGGUGGACAACCUGGAGGGGGACUCUGGCCGCGGCUACUACUUGGAGGUGCUGAUUGGGACCCCCCCGCAGAAGCUGCAGAUUCUCGUGGACACCGGGAGCAGCAACUUCGCCGUGGCUGGGGCCCCCCAUUCUUUCAUAGACUCCUACUUUGACGCGCAGAGGUCCAGCACGUACAGUCCCAAGGGCUUUGAUGUCACCGUGAAGUACACGCAAGGGAGCUGGACCGGCUCGGUGGGGGAGGACUUGGUGACCAUCCCCAAAGGCUUCAACAGCUCUUUCCUUGUCAACAUUGCCACGAUCUUUGAGUCGGAGAACUUCUUCCUGCCUGGGAUUGAGUGGAAUGGGAUACUUGGACUUGCUUACGCUGCCCUGGCCAAGCCGUCGAGCUCCCUGGAGACCUUCUUUGACUCCCUCGUGACACAAGCAGGAAUCCCCAACGUUUUCUCCAUGCAGAUGUGUGGGGCGGGACUGCCUGUGGCCGGAUCGGGUACCAACGGAGGUAGUCUUGUCCUGGGCGGAAUCGAACCAAGUUUGUACAAAGGAGACAUUUGGUAUACCCCGAUUAAGGAGGAGUGGUAUUACCAGAUAGAAAUUCUGAAGUUGGAAAUCGGAGGCCAGAGCCUCAAUCUGGACUGCAGAGAGUAUAACGCGGACAAGGCCAUCGUGGACAGCGGCACCACGCUGCUGCGCCUGCCCCAGAAGGUGUUCGACGCGGUGGUCGAAGCCGUGGCCCGCGCCUCUCUGAUUCCAGAAUUCUCUCAUGAAUUCUGGACUGGGUCCCAGCUGGCAUGCUGGACGGAUUCCGAAACACCGUGGUCUUACUUCCCUAAAAUCUCCAUCUACCUGAGAGAUGAGAACGCCAGCAGGUCCUUCCGCAUCACGAUCCUGCCUCAGCUCUACAUUCAGCCCAUGAUGGUGCCUGGCCUGAAUUACGAAUGCUACCGAUUCGGCAUUUCCUCUUCCACGAACGCGCUGGUGAUCGGCGCCACGGUGAUGGAGGGCUUCUACGUGGUCUUCGACAGAGCUCGGAAGAGGCUGGGCUUCGCGGCGAGCCGCUGUGCAGAAAUUGCAGGUACUCCCGUGUCUGAAAUUUCUGGGCCCUUCUCAACAGACGACAUAGCCAGCAACUGUGUCCCCACCCAGCCUCUGAACGAGCCCGUUCUGUGGAUCGUCUCCUACACCCUCAUGAGUGUGUGUGGAAUCAUCCUCCUUACCCUGACCAUCCUGCUGCUCCUCCCCUUCCGGUGCCAGCACGGCCCCCGGGACCCCGAGACGGUCAACGAUGAGUCCUCGCUGGUCCGGCAUCGCUGGAAGUGAAGAGCGAAGCCUCCGCUCGGCCUCGAACUCCGCUAUUCAGAGAAUUAAGUUCCAAGUGCAGCCGGCAGGGGGCGCCGGGCCAGGUGCCUGCCCCUGUCCAUUAGUCUUAGGUCUCGGUCCUGCUCCCAGCUGCCUUCCAGAUUCACUGUAUUUUGAUUCUUGAUUUCUUAGCCUCCUUUCGAGAAAAAUGAUAAUAAAAAACACCUCAUUCUAAACCAAACCAGAGUGAGUUGGGCUUCAGACUCCCUGUGACUGGUACACCAACCCGCCUUGCUGUGCCUCGAAAUAAAGCGCAAGCCUUGCUGGCGGCCCUCGCCCCCCCCUCUGAAGUGGGUGCCGAUAGGCUGUCACCCUUCUCGGCUACUGGGAAGCUUUUUGUGUUAAUUGCACUUAAGGGUAUUCUGCACCAGGCGUCGGCCAGGGUCCGAGUGGUCCGAGAAGGCUCGCAGUGUGAUGGCAGGAGGAGCAGCCUGGGGCUGAUGAUGGAACCGCCUGCCCCUUCCGAGUCGGAGACAGCAGCAGGCCCCUUUUCUGGCUCGUCUGUGCCCCGAAUAGAGAUCAUCACCCAGGAGCCCUCACCAACCUCUUCUGAAGACGGAAGGCCUUUGCCCAUCGCGGCGGAGUGAGAAUGAAGCCCGCUCUUUUGUGCUCAGUGCUUCCAUAGUAUUGUUCGUAUAAAAGUUAAAAAAUAAAACACAAAAAAAACUACCUCUGUUGAGACUCUGCCCAGGGUCCUAGCCCAGUUAGGGGUGCAGGAGGCUGGCUUCAGCCGUGGCCUCUCCUGAAAGAAUCCUCCUUCCAACAGGCCGGACGGACCAGUGCCGAACGGCAUGUGCGUCGAGAACUUGUCACCCAGCUGGUCUUUAGCUCAUACACUUAACCUGCUUAGAAUCACUCAACAGCGUUUCGAUGAGAAAAAUGAAUUCUGUGUCACUAGCUUAGUUGUUGCUGUUUCCAAAUCGGCUAUGAAGGUAGGUUGAUUGCUUUGCCCUUUCGAGAAGCAGGGAAAUGGCUAAACGCCUGUGCUUCUGACCAGCUCUCGGGGGAAGGAAGACACAAGACGUGCAGAGGACCUGGAGGGAACUUCCACCUAUUCCUGCGCUUGGAAACCGUGUGUCUCCAUUCGCAGACGCCCCUAGACUCAAGCACACCCAUCUGAAUCCGCUUAAACGAACCGGUUGCGCGGGUGACCCACGUGCUUCUUUCCUGCACUCGGUGGAGCCCCCAUUGGGUGUGCAGGGCUCUCCUUACUUGGGGACAUCUCCUCUUGCUAUCAUCCAAGGCCUUUGCCAAAGAAAAGCAAAAACCUGUAACUCAAUAUAAUCAGCCUCCUGUGAUCCGAUGUAAUUAGGACGAGUUCAAAGCCAGCGUCCCUUCUCUCUUGUUCGUGUGCCAAGUUCAAUGUUCACUCUGCCUUGCUCUCGCCAGGAGUUGGAUAUACAAUAAAAUCCCACUGCAAGGGCUAACUGCGGAGAAUCUCCUCUGGCUGGAGUGUUAUUUGCGUUCAAAAUAGGCCACCUGUGCUGUUCCAGCCAUCUGCCUUGCUCACUGGAUCCCAGGGUCACCUCCAUAUUGAGAAAUAUACGACAGUGCCAAAGAGAUGCGAGGUCGCUUAUACACGCCACGGUGCCCUCACAGACUCUCCGCUCUCACGGGCACCUGUGGGGAAGAACGUGAAUGUUCUGUGUUAUUCUAGAUGCAGUUCAAGCUUGGCAGGAAUGAGCCCCUUUGGGGAUGGGACGGAGGGACAAUUUUCUGCCAGCAGAUGCUCGUGGUCACGUCUGGUCUCGGCUAGCCGAGCGGUAAUAAUUUGAAAUAUAUUUCAGAGUUGGACGUCUCUGCAAGUCUGAUCCUCUCGUCUUACUGGCUUUCUCGCUGGCUGCUGUUUUGUGGGCCGCUUGGCACAGAAACGAAGGCAGCACCCCCAGUCGGUGCGAAAAAAAUCCGAACCCCUGAAAUAAGAAGAGGGAGCUGCAGGUGUAACCUGGUUGGUUUUGCUUCUUAUGUCUUCAGGCAGGUGUCCUCUGUCCCAUCCCCCACGUGAGGCUUCUCAGCUCAGAAUAGCUCCGUUGCAGCCACGUCGCAGACCCUGUCCCAAGAACACAUGAUAACAGCCAGUUAGAUUUCAGGCUAGGUUGUUGGAAUGCAGUUGGCUGUAAUUCUCUAUUUCGUAUCAGGUGUCUCUACCUUUUCAUCUCAUAUGUCGCUGGAUGUGACACGUUAGUGGGGAUGCUCACAUUGCAAAGCCUAAUUUAGCAAUGAGAGGGAAAUAGACCGUUGAAUGCGGGACGUUCCCUUGGCGCGUCUUGCUGCGGAGAAUUGGAGCCUGAGUCAGAGCCCUGCCGGCGACACCCCCUCCUCCGGUUCCGUGGACUGAGACCCAGCUUGGGAAGCCUUCAAGGACGCUGGCUUUGGACCGGAAAGUAAGUAGCAACCAUUCGAGGGCAUCAGUCUUACCUGGUAACACACUGUGGAAGAUGCUGGAAGACAGAUCUUUCCUGAAAAAUGCAACUUAGCCUUAGGUUGUCAAACCCUUGUUCACUCUCUGCUGGGCAGUGGAUGCUUCUGCAUGAACCAUGCUUUUUAAAAAGUAAAUAAAUAAAUCUGGUGAUCCCGAUGAGGUAUUUGGAAGCCUGAAAUGAAAUCCUGUCUUCAGCAACUGAAACUGUUCAUGAGAAACAGCGAGAAAUGAAACAGGGAUGAGCCCCUUUUGUACCUUGGGGGUCUGAAAGCGCCACAAGUGAGACGACAAGCCGCUCGGGGUCAUCUGGCGCUUCCCAGGCCCCGUCUGCGUUUUGUCUUCUGAACCCGAAACAAGUGCGCAGCGUUAAAGAAGGAGCCCUGCGUGGACAGCAGAGAAGUUUUCCUGAGCACGGUCCGCUCCCCGACCUGGGCGAGGACUUUGCCUGAUUCAUCGUGAAAUGCAGGGGUUCCGGUUGGAGAUAAAUGCGGGGUUCACUGCGAUUCAAAAUCAUGAAAGUAGCUCCCACCAUUCACCCCGUGGAUCUGCGGGGCGUAGAUUUUGCAGAGCAGCUGUGAUCGGGGGGUGCGUUCUCUCCUUGAAGAGGGGAGAUUGCAUUUCACUGUUCAAUAGGCUCCCUGGAAGAAUGAAAACCUGCUCGUUUCCCCCGUCCCGGCCCACGUGGAGGCGUGGCCGGGAACGUGGCGGUUCUUUCCUCAGCUCUGGCCUCACGCCCCGCGACGUCCCUGGAAAUAAAUCACGGCCCACAGCCUGCUUCAUCAACAGCGAUAAUCUAGUUUCACGGGCUUUAUUCUUAUUAGUGGAAACCGGAUAAUAGCUCGGGAUCCCAGUGUGCUUUCCCUUGCACACACUUAAUAGGAUUGAUUAUGGAACUCUUCAGAAUUAAAACUUGCCACUAAGAGGUUUUUUGCUUUUGGGUUUUUGUGGGGUUUUUUUUAGGUCAAACAACUAAACACCAUAAAAUGUAAAAUUAUGGUUUUGCCAAGAAAGAUACUAGAUAUUUAGAGCGAAGAAAAUUGCACGCAACAGAGAUACUGUGUACAUGUCUGGUGGGUCUUAAGAAUUUCAUAUUUGAACUUAGGGCUGUUUACCAAUUUAAUAGCAAACAAGAAAAACACAUUUUGAGAGCGGAGAAGAAAAAUUUAAAAAUAAUCACAAGUAUGUAACAAAACAGGCAGAAUUC